AUGGAAGUCAAUGAAGGUGAUUGUUCAAUUAUAUUAUUGAAAGACCAAGAAGAAAAAUACUUUGAACGACUGUUAUGUGACUUAAACAAGCGUGUCAUUACAAGUACAUUCCAUAACUUCCAGUUAAUUUUCAAGACAUUUAGAGAUAAGUUAGUAAGCUAUUUAAGAAGGAGUGAUGAUGCAAAAACAGUAUUAAGGAACUUUGAUAUACAAGGCUGCCCAAUAGACUAUGGUAAUGAUAAUAAACGAAAACAUUGGUCGAAGAUUUAUUAUACAACACCUUUAAUAGAAUCAGCAAUGAGGGGUUACUUGGAUAUUGUUCACUUUCUGAUUGUUAAUAUUAAAUGUAAUGUCAAUAACACAGACAGUAUAUACAGCUCCCCUUUAUAUAAGGCAUCUGAAAGGGGACAUUCCGCUGUAGCUAAAUUGUUAUUAGAGAACAAUGCUGAUGUAUCUCAAUGUAAAAAAUAUCUAAUGUCACCAUUAUAUGUUGCCUGUAAUGAAGGACACAAAGAUACAGUUGAACUUUUACUUCAGAACAAUGCUGAUGUCAAUCAGUGUGAUAACUGCGUUACGUCACCAUUGCAUGCGGCCUGUAAUGGAGGACAUAAAGAUAUAGUAGAACUUUUACUUCAGAACAAUGCUGAUGUCAAUCAGUGUGCUAACAAUGGUAAGUCACCUUUGCAUGUGGCCUGUAAGGGAGGACAUAAACAUGUAGUAGAAGUGUUACUGGAGAACACUGCUUAUGUCAAUCAGUGUGAAAAGUAUGAUAUGUCUCCAUUGUAUGUAGCCUGUAUAGGAGGACAUAAAGAUAUAGUAGAAGUGUUACUCCAGAACAAGGCUGAUGUCUCACAGUGUAAUGAGGAUGGUAAGUCACCAUUGCAUGCGGCCUGUGUAAGAGAACAUAAAGAUACCGUAGAACAGUUACUGCAGAACAAUGCUGAUAUCAAUCAGCGUGAUAAGUAUGGUAAUUCUCCAUUAGAUUUGGCAUGUGUAGUAGGAGAUAAAGAUAUAGUAGAACUGUUACUUCAGAACAAGGCUGAUAUCUCACAGUGUUACGACAAUGUAGAACUGUUACUGCAGAACAAUGCUGAUGUCAAUCAGUGUGUUGAGUAUGGUGAUGGUGAGUCUUUAUUGUUUGUGGCCUGUAGAGGAGGAUAUAAAGAUAUUGCAGAUCUGUUACUUCAGAACAAGGCUGAUGUCAAUCAGUGUAAUGAGAAUGGUGAUUCUCCAUUAUUUGAAGCCUCUGGAGGAGGCUAUAAAGAUAUUGUAGAUCUGUUAAUUCAGAACAAGGCUGAUGUCAAUCAGUGUAAUAAGGAUGGUGAUUCUCCAUUGUUUGGAGCCUCUGGAGGAGGCUAUAAAGAUAUUGUAGAUCUGUUACUUCAGCACAAGGCUGACGUCAAUACGAGUAAUGAAAUGAGUGAGUCUUCAUUGUUUUACGCCUGUAUCAGAGGAAAUAAAGAUAUAGUAGAAGUGUUACUUCAGAACAAGGCUGACGUCAAUCUGUGUAAUAAGAAUGGUAAGUCUUCAUUGUUUGAAGCCUGUAGUAGAGGACAUAAAGAUAUAGUAGAACUGUUACUUCAGAAGAAGGCUGAAGUCAAUCAGUGUGAUAAGUACGGUGAUUCUCCAUUGUAUCGUGCCUGUGAAGGAGGAUAUUACGAUGUAAUAGAACUGUUACUUCAGAACAAGGCUGUCUCCAAUCAAUGUAAUGUGCGGGGUGAGUUUCCAUUGCAUUUCCCUUUAAAAAGAGGACAAAAAGAUAUAGUAGAACUGUUACUUCAGCACAAUGCUGACCUCAAUCAGUGUUGUAUGUGGGAUUCGUUUCAAUUGUUACGUUUAUGUCGUUAUGGACAUAAUGAUAUGGUAGAACUGUUACUUCAGAACAAUGCUGAAGUCAAUCAGUAUGAUAAGGACGGUGAGUCUUCAUUGUAUCAGGCCUGUCAGGGAGGUUAUAAAGAUAUAGUAGAACUGUUACUCCAGAACAAUGCUGAUGUCAAUCAGUGUAAUAAAAAUGGUAAUUAUCCAUUGUUUGUAGCCUGUAAAGAAGGACAUAAAGAUAUAGUAGAACUGCUACUUCAGAAUAAAGCUGAUGUUUUGCAGUGUAACAUAAACAAAAAUUCUUCACUGCAUGUGGCCUGUGAAGGAGGACAUAAAGAUACAAUAGAGGUGUUACUGCAGAAUAAUGCUGACGUCAAUCAUUAUAAUAAUCGUGUUGAGUCUUCAUUGUUUUUUGCAAGUACAGGAGGACAUACAGAUACAGUUGAACUGUUACUUCAGAAUAAUGCUGACCUUUCUCAGUGUGAUUAUAUGGGUAAUUCUCCAUUGUAUGUUGCCUGUGCAAGCGGGCAUGAAGAUACGGUAGAACUGUUACUUAAGAAUAAUGCUGAUGUCUCCAAGUGUAACAAGGUGGGAGAGUCUCCAUUAUAUAUGGCAUGUAAAUUUAGAUGUAGAGAUACAGUAAAACUGUUACUGCAGAAAAAAGCUGAUGUCUCUCAGUGUGAACAACAAGAUGGAAAGUCACCUUUACAUGUUGCUUGUGAACUUUGUAUACCUGACACACUUAUACCAACAGAAUCAGCAAUAAUGGGUUACUUUGAUAUUGUUCAAUUUCUUAUUGUUAAUGCUAAAUGUAAUGUGAAUAAAACAGACAGUCAAGACAGCUCCCCUUUAUAUAAGGCAUCCGAAAGAGGACAUUCAGCUGUAGCUAAAUUAUUAUUAGAGAAUAAUGCUGAUGUAUCUCAGUGUAACUCAAAUAAACAGUCUCCAUUGUAUGCGGCCUGUAUUGAAGGACAUACAGAUAUAGUAGAACUGUUACUUCAGAACAAUGCUGAUGUCAAUCAGUGUGAUGUCCGUGGAAAGCCUCCAUUAUAUGUGGCCUGUGCAGGAGGACAUAAAGAUAUAGUAGAACUGUUACUUCAUAACAAUGCUGAUGUCUCUCAGUGUAAAAUAUAUGAAAAGUCUCCAUUGCAUGUGGCCUGUAAAGGAGGACAUACAGAUACAGUAGAACUAUUACUGCAGAAAAAUGCUGAUGUCAAUCAGUGUGAUGAGGAUGGUGAGUCACCAUUGUUUGUGGCCAGUAAAGGAGGACAUAAAUAUACAGUAGAACUGUUACUGCAGAACAAUGCUGAUGUCUCUCAGUGUAAUAUGUAUGGAUGGUCUCCAUUGUUUGUGGCCAGUACAGGAGGAUCUAAAGAUACAGUAGAACUGUUACUUCAGAACAAGGCUGAUGUCUCUAAGUGUAACUUUUAUAGGGAGGUGCCAUUGUUUGCGGCCUGUAAUGGAGGAUAUAAAGAAACAGUAGAAUUGUUACUUCAGAACAAUGCCGAUGUCAAUCAGUGUAAUGCGGAAGGUAAGUCCCCAUUGUAUAUGGCCUGUGCAGGAGGAUAUAAAGAUAUAGUAGAACUGUUACUUCAUAACAAUAAUGAUGUCUCUCAGUGUAGUCGGUAUGGACAGUCUCCAUUGUUUGUGGCCUGUAAAGGAGGACAUAAAGAAACAGUAGAAUUGUUACUACAGAACAAUGCCGAUGUCAAUCAGUGUGAUGAGGAUGUUGAGUCACCAUUGCUUGUGGCCAGUAAAGGAGGACAUAAAGAUACAGUAGAAUUGUUACUUCAGAACAAGGCUGAUAUCUCUCAGUAUAACUUUUAUAUGGAGUCUCCAUUGUAUGCGGCCUGUAAAGGAGGAUAUAAAGAAACAGUAGAAUUGUUACUAAAGAACAAUGCUGAUGUCAAUCAGUGUAAUACGGAUGGUAAGUCCCCAUUGUAUAAGGCCUGUGCAGGAGGACAUACAGAUACAGUAGAACUGUUAAUGCAGAACGAUGCUGAUGUCUCUAAGUGUAGUCGGUAUGGACAGUCUCCAUUGUUUGUGGCCUGUGAAGGAGGACACAAAUAUACCGUAGAACUGUUACUGCAGAACAAUGCUGAUGUCUCUCAGUGUAGUCGGUAUGGACAAUCUCCAUUGUAUGUGGCUUGUAAAGGAGUACAUAACGUUACAGUAGAACUGUUACUGCAGAACAAGGCCGAUGUUAAUCAGUUAGAUAGUAAGGGAGAGUCACCUUUACAUGCGGUUUGUUCAUAUCAUUACAAGUUGCAAUCAAUAAUCAGUAAAGAUAGAAUGGAACCAUUUUCAAAAAGAUACAUUGAAACUGUUAAAAUAUUACUUGCAUGGAAAGCAGAUGUUAAAAUGUGUAAUAAGAAUGGUCAGACACCACUUGAUGUUGCCCGUGAAUCAAAGUUCGUGGAAGUUGUAAAUCUUUUUGAUGAAAAUCUUCGAAUAAAAGAAUCACAAUUAAAGUAA